UCCUUUUGCAUUCUUUUACUGAAUUAUAGGGAUUGGAAGCGAUGGGUAUUGGAUUCGAAGAGAUGGAGCGAUGGGUAUUGGAAUCGAAGCGAGACGAUGGGUACUGGAUCACUGAUUAGGUGGUAUAAAAUUUUGUUUCAGUGUUCUAAUCCAAAGAGUUCGAUCAUCAAUUCUGGGUUAAUGGAUAGUGAAAAUUGUACAAGCUUGGGCAAUCAACCAAUAAGUGAUUCCGAGGACUUACAAGGUAAAGAGCAGUGUGAUGAUUCUUAUUGUGAGCCUAUUGAUGAUUUGCAUGUAGUGAAUGAAAUUGGAAACAAUGAAGAGGCAAUUGAAGAGGUGAUACUUGGAAAAGAGUUUAUAGAUGUUGAGAGUGCAUAUAAGUUCUAUAAGAAUUAUGGUGGCAAACAUGGAUUCAAGUUAUUUUGGAGAAGACCGUGUAUGAAUGAAUGUGCUUCAGUUUUGCUAUCUGAUUUUGGUGCAAAGGGUGUUCUGUGAAAUGGAAAGUCUGUAAAUUUAAUAGAAUUUGAUUGGGAUUUUACCCUUUUUCAAGAUGAUCGAUUUACUCUUCAACUGGGUCAAUUUGUGCCUUCGGAUGUACACCCUUUAACUAGCUAGUUUUUGUGCUUGUGAUUUACAUUGUAACAGGGAGAAUUAAUGCUUACUCAUUUCCUUUGCAACUCGGCUUUUGUUCAUUAUUGU